UCUGGACAACGUCUCACAUCUGAUCGUCUUUAAACCACCUUAAUGGAGAGCUCAGAAGGGGUCAAUGACACGGAUUAUGACCUUCUUGAAGUGGUCGGACAUGGAUCAUUUGGAUUAAUUCGAAAGGUUAGAAGAAGAUCGGAUGGGAUGGUAUUUGCCCGUAAGGAGAUUCAUUAUAGGAAGAUGGAGGAGAGAGAACGGAAGCAGUUGGCGCUGGAAGUGCAGAUUCUUUCGAAUCUGCGACAUCCACAUAUUGUGAGAUAUUAUGGAAGGAGUAUAGAUCGGAUGAACCAUACGAUCUAUUUAUAUAUGGAGUUUUGUGAGAAUGGGGAUCUUGGGAGUCUUAUUAAGGAAUGUCAACAGGAGAAUUCUAUUAUUCCGGAGAAUAUAUUAUGGAGUAUUUUUGUUCAGUUGACAUUAGCAUUAUACCGAUGUCAUUUUGGGGUGGAUGCGCCGUCAUCGGAUAUUUUAGUAUCAUCGACGCCGUCUCCAUCAUCAUCAGUUAUACUUCAUCGUGAUAUUAAGCCGGACAAUAUAUUUCGUGAUGGAGAGAUUUAUGUUAAAUUGGGAGAUUUUGGACUUUCCAGGGUUUUAAAUGAUCCAUCUAGAACAUUUGCGCAAACAUAUGUUGGAACGCCAUAUUAUAUGUCACCAGAGAUAAUUAAUCAUGAACCCUAUACGGCGAAAUCUGAUAUUUGGGCACUUGGAUGCACAAUGUAUGAAAUGUGUACGAAAUUACCGCCUUUUCGAGCAAUGACGCAACCUGAAUUGAAUCACAAGAUACGAAGAGGAAUAUUUCCACCAAUUCCUGGUUUAUAUUCUAUGACACUUAGAGAUACAAUAAGAUGGUGUCUUGCUGUUGAUCCAAAAAGAAGGCCAAUGGCCUCUGAUCUACUAAUGAUUGAUAUGUUUCGGGCUUAUCGUAAAGAAUUGGAAAUCUUAGAACUUCGUAAAGAAUUAAAGGCAAAAGAAAGUCAUUUGUUAAAGAGAGAAGCAAGUGUUUUGGCAAAAGAAGAAGAGCUUAAAAAUAAAGAAAGAAUAUUAUAUGAAAAAGAAAUAAACUUAGGAAAGGCUAUUCAAGCCCAUGUUUGUCGAUCACAGACGGAAAUUGAUCGACUUUAUUCUAAAACACAAGAAUCGGGACAUUCUGGAGAACGAACUACAAAUAGACCAUCUAUAGUAUCAUCCACGCAUACAAUCGCAUCACUUCAUUCCUUAUCUUCUAUUAAGGAUAAACGUCAUGUAACUAUUGAUAGCAAUUUAUCUGAAUUAUCACCGACUCGUUUUUCUCCGGGAGAAAGAAGACAAAUAACAAUAUCGAGUAUACCUAUCCGCCAGCCAUUGCAGGAAAACACAUCAAAGUUAUCUAAUACUGCUUCAAAUAAAACUCCAGUUACUCCUAGUCGCUUAAGAGCUUCUCCAAGUCAUAGGAAAACUCUUGAUUCCCCAAUUCAUAGUCAAGGGCUUUUAAGAGCUGAAAUAAAUCCUGAAACUACCAGAAAUCUUCGAAAUCCACGACCAACUGUUAUGGAAAUGUGGAAAAAGAAUGUUUGGGAAGAUGGAGAUGAGCUCCCAAGUCCCUUUUUGCGAAAGAAUGUCACUAUAUCCAAUUGAUGAUGAAAAUACUACAUGAGAUUUUAGUUAAUCCGUUAUUGUAAUU